UUCUUUUUUUCACUCGCUCACCGCCCGUCCUGUGCUGUCCCCACCGCAAAAACCCUAAAUCUAUUACUCAUCAUCGUCGCCGAUCAUGGCCGCACCAAUCCUGCGCAACGCCCGCCUCCGUCAAAUCUACAACUCCCUCCUCCGACUCCAUUCUUCCACGUUUCCAUCUCUCCCUCCCCGCUGCUGCAACUCAAUCCCUACCUCCGACCCUAACCCCCUAUUCAAAUUAUUAUUAUUGCCCUCUUCUUUACCUAUCACUCAUCGGGCCGCCUUCUGCACUACUCCUUCCCACCACCCUGCUGCCAAUCAUUCCUCAAACUCAACUGUGAGUCACGCCGCCCAUGGGGACAAGAAUUACGGUGCUGGUGGUGCCGGUGCUGGAUCGCAGGAAUCAUCUCAACAAGGAAAGCCUGUUCGAGGAGGGCCGGUUUCAUGGAUGAGCUUCUUUUUGCUUCUUUGUACUGGAGCAGGACUGGUCUACUACUACGACAGGGAAAAGAGGCGCCGCAUUGAAGGAAUCAGUAGGUCUUCGAAUGUGGUAAAACAAGGCCCGGCUGUUGGAAAGGCUGCAAUUGGCGGCCCAUUUGAUCUCAUCGACCAUAAUGGGAAACCGGUCUCUGAUAAAGACUUCUUGGGGAAAUGGACAUUAAUUUAUUUUGGCUUCACUCACUGCCCUGAUAUAUGUCCUGAUGAGCUGCAGAAGCUUGCAUCCGCAAUUGAUAAAAUAAAGGAGAAGUCUAAGCUUGAAGUGGUUCCAGUCUUUAUUUCAGUUGACCCAGAAAGAGAUACAGUUGAACACGUUCGAGAAUAUGUCAGAGAAUUCCAUCCCAAGCUCAUCGGCCUCACAGGCUCCCCAGAACAAGUCAAGAAUGCUGCACGUGCAUACCGUGUUUACUAUAUGAAGACUGAAGAUGAAGGUUCUGAUUAUCUUGUGGAUCAUUCUAUAGUUAUGUAUUUAAUGGAUCCAAAAAUGGAGUUUGUGAAGUUCUUCGGGAAGAAUGUGGAUGUGGUGGAGCUUGCUGAUGGAGUAAUUCAAGAGAUGAAGAUGCACAUGGACAAGGACAAGGACAAGGUGGGAGCGUAAAGGAGCUUCAAGUAUAUAUAGCAUUGAAGAUCACAAACCUAUUUUUAAUCUCUUGCAAAUCAGCAACCAUUUUUGAGAGUGUAAAGCAGCGUGGCAUUCAUGCAAAGUAUCGGGGACAGACCUUACAUACCAACAAUCAAUAAUUGCAACGUAACAGUAAAGCCUAUUUCAUAAGAAGCCCUUGGUUGAAUAUGUGAAAAAUGUAUUGUAGUUUGUUUUUGGUUUUGGUUGAUAUUGUUUACAGAUGGUUUGAUCGACCAAUGAACGAAUUCUGAUGAACUGACGCCGUCCAAUUUGACUUGAGCUUAA